AUGUCCGGGACUGGUGGUAGGGAAAAGACUCCCGCCCCAAUGGGCAAGUCAGACGUGAUCAGAAUUCAGUCUACUCGACCAGUUUCCGAUGCUAAAUCUCGCUUCGCACAGGCCAAAAGCGGCGGCGAUGUGCCUUCGGGUGGCUUCGCGGCACGUGCUCAAGGUCCUGGCGGCCGCAACGCCAACGCUGGCAGCCAGUAG